AUGUCAGGCACCACCCCGACCCCUACACCGACCCCGACCCCGCUCCCGCCGCCACCGGCCGCUCGUCCCACGCGGCACGACUUCCUCAAUUCCAAGCCGCUGCCCAACUAUGUCGCGGGACUCGGCCGUGGCGCCACUGGCUUCACCACCCGCUCGGAUAUCGGGCCGGCCCGCGCCGCACCCGACCUACCCGACCGCUCCGCCUCCGCCGCCGCGGCCCCCGCCGUCGGCCGCAGCGGCAGAAAGCCUCCCGGCGAGGAUGACGGCGGCGGCGAUGACGGCGGUGAUGAGGAGAAGGGCAACGACAAGAACAAGAAGUUCAACGAGUUCGAGGGCAACGACGCCGGCCUCUUCUCCAACGCCGACUAUGACGACGACGACCGCGAGGCCGACGCCGUGUGGGAGAGCAUCGACCAGAGGAUGGACUCGCGCCGCAAGGAUCGCCGCGAGGCGUGGCUCAAGCAGGAGAUUGAGGAGUACCGCGCGUCGAACCCUAAGAUCACCGAGCAGUUUGCUGAUCUCAAAAGGAAGCUGGUCGAUCUAUCCGCGCAGGAAUGGGAGAGCAUACCGGAGAUUGGGGACUACUCGGUGCGCAACAAGAAGAAGCGGUUCAAGAGCUUCAUGCCCGUGCCGGACACCGUGCUUGAGAAGGCCCGGCAGGAGCAGGAGCAUGUCACAACACUUGACCCUAAGAGCCGUGCAGCUGCUGUGGAUGAGGGCCGUGGCACUGUGCUGUCGCUCAAGUUGGAUAGGCUGUCAGAUUCAGUUUCUGGGCUCACUGUAGUUGAUCCCAAAGGGUAUUUGACAGACCUGAAAAGCAUGAAGAUCACUAGUGAUGCUGAGAUUUCCGACAUCAAGAAGGCGCGACUGUUGCUCAAGUCGGUGACGCAGACAAACCCUAAGCACCCACCCGGUUGGAUUGCUGCUGCUAGGCUCGAAGAGAUUGCUGGCAAACUCCAGGUUUCUCGGCAGCUCAUCCAGCGUGGCUGUGAGGAGUGUCCCAAGAACGAAGAUGUUUGGCUUGAGGCGUGCCGUUUGGCUAAUCCAGAGGAGGCGAAGGCUGUCAUUGCCCGUGGUGUGAUGUCAAUUCCAAAUUCUGUGAAGCUGUGGUUGCAGGCAGUAAAACUUGAGAGUAGUGAUCUGAAUAAGAGCAGGGUGUUGAGGAAAGGGUUGGAGCACAUUCCCAAUUCAGUCCGGCUAUGGAAGGCUGUAGUUGAGCUUGCAAAUGACGAGGAUGCAAGGCUGUUGCUUCACAGGGCUGUGGAGUGUUGCCCAUUGCAUGUUGAGCUUUGGCUUGCCCUUGCGAGGCUGGAGACCUAUGACCAAGCAAGGAAAGUACUUAACAAGGCGAGGGAGAAGCUCCCCAAGGAGCCUGCCAUUUGGAUUACGGCUGCAAAGCUAGAGGAGGCGAAUGGGAACGCACAAUCAGUUAACAAGGUGAUUGAGAGAGGUAUCAGAUCUCUACAGAGAGAAGGAAUGGAUAUUGAUAGGGAAGCAUGGUUAAAGGAAGCAGAAGCCGCUGAGCGUGCUGGAUCGGUUUUGACUUGCCAGUCUAUUGUGAAGAACACUAUAGGCAUUGGCGUUGAAGAUGAGGAUCGGAAGCGUACAUGGGUUGCUGAUGCCGAGGAAUGCAAGAAGCGUUGUUCAAUUGAAACAGCACGCGCCAUCUAUGCACAUGCACUGACUGUGUUCCUUACUAAGAAGAGUAUUUGGCUGAAAGCAGCUCAGCUUGAGAAGAGCCAUGGGACUAGGGAGUCACUUGAUGCACUCCUCAAGAAGGCUGUUAACUACAACCCACGAGCUGAAGUAUUGUGGCUUAUGGCUGCGAAGGAGAAAUGGUUGGCUGGGGACGUGCCUGCUGCUCGUGCCAUUCUUCAGGACGCUUAUGCUGCUAUCCCCAAUUCGGAAGAGAUCUGGCUGGCUGCAUUCAAGCUCGAGUUUGAGAACAAUGAGCCAGAGAGAGCGAGAAUGCUUUUGGCCAAGGCCAGGGAAAGAGGAGGGACAGAGAGGGUUUGGAUGAAAUCUGCCAUUGUUGAGAGGGAAUUGGGGAAUGUUGGUGAGGAAAGGAGAUUGUUGGAGGAAGGUUUGAAGCUAUUCCCUUCAUUCUUCAAAUUGUGGUUAAUGCUUGGACAGAUGGAGGACCGGCUUGGUAAUGGAGCGAAGGCCAAGGAGGUUUUUGAGAAUGGCCUCAAGCACUGCCCCAGUUGCAUCCCUCUUUGGCUCUCUCUAGCUAGCCUAGAGGAGAAGAUUAGUGGCUUGAGUAAAUCACGUGCUGUCCUCACAAUGGCUAGAAAGAAGAACCCUGCUACACCUGAACUCUGGCUUGCGGCAAUUCGAACUGAGUUGAGGAAUGGGAACAAAAAGGAAGCUGAUGCUAUACUGGCCAAGGCAUUACAAGAGUGUCCAACAAGUGGUAUUCUGUGGGCUGCAGCUAUUGAGAUGGCACCACGCCCCCAGCGUAAAGGAAAGAGUACGGAUGCUAUUAAGCGAAGUGAUCAUGAUCCACAUGUCAUUGCAACCGUGGCCAAACUUUUCUGGCUUGACAGGAAGCAUGGAAAUGCAGACGCACAAAAGGAUGUUCUGAAAAGAUGUGUUGCAGCAGAACCAAAGCAUGGCGAAAAAUGGCAAGCAAUAUCCAAGACUGUUGAAAACUCACACCUGCCUGUUGAGGCUCUUCUGAAGAAAGCUGUGGUGGAACUUGAUGUAGAAGAAAAUGUCAAUCCUGUAGGCCCCUAG